AUGUCUAUAUUUGUCAUGUUUGAUUCAAUAUCACAUUUACUGCUACUUAACUACCGUAAACAUUUUCUGUUUGUGUGUGUGUUUGUGUGCACGCGCUUGUUUGGGUGUCUGUCUCUAUGUGUUUGUGCGUGCGUCCAUUUAGAAAGUCUCCUGGAUGAGUCGGAGGUGGCUGUGUCCUCUCACAUCACCACUGUGGGAGAGCUAACUCCCUCGACCAGUCAGCCAGCUGCGCCAUCCCGUCAGGCUCCCUGUGCCCCUGCUGACAUCCUACUGGAGGGUUGGCAGAAGUACUGGGAGCAGCCACCCAAGUCCAGCCAAGCCCUUGGCAUUGCUCCGGCCAAUAUCAAGUGGCUCAAGUCUGAUGGCACCUAUGGCCUGUAUGAGAAGGCGUCCAAGUACAAGAACGUCCGAGGAGAGAUGGUGGAAAGGAAGCUGUUGAAAGAGAAGAUGGAGUUCCACCCGCCCCCACGUCCUCUGUCCAUCAAGGGAACGCUGCCCAACAUGCUGUCCUUCUUCACCACACCAACCUUCUUCUGGCGCCCGGUUGGCGUGAUGAAAGCCAUGAUCCGCUGCCCCAACGUCAACUGCCCCGCGCCACCGGGGGAGUACCUGGAGAAGAAGGGCUUCGGCACCUACGCCAGGCAAGUGUGCGGCAUGCAGUACAAUUACACCCUCCUCACGGAGAGGUUGAAGUGCCCACACUGGGAGCGGCUGAGGAAGGGAGCAGGCGCUGAUUGGAAAGAGGAGGAGGAGGAAGAGCAAGGCACUCGGCCCACCGCACCGUGCUUUCGGACCAGCGACUGCCCGAUGCUCCUGCCUUGCCUUCAUCUCUGCCACAGCCAGAAAGACCCCAAGUCCAGUACGAGGAGCACCAUCACAUUGCUGGGAAAAGGCGUGGAGAAAAGCGGAGAUUGGACUUUGAUGACGCGAACCCAGUACCACAGCCACAAGCGCAAUCUUUAACCACUAGGCCCAUCCAGCCCAAGCCUGCCACCAGCACAUCAGCAUCUGCACUGCCAUCCGGCGUUUCAGCAGCACCAAUACUGCUGGUGGUCCCUGCACAGCCUCGGGCCCCAUCGGUCCAGUUUGCUGGGCCCUCCUGCGGUCAGUUGUUAGUGUCUGUUCUGCCCCCACCUGCACCCAAGGUCAAGCCCAUAAUGCCCAACAAGUCACACAGACCGUGUGGGGCUUGCCAAGUACCACAGUGUGGUGGCAUGCGCAAAAGAUACAUGCCAUCCAAAGACAAAGUGGGUAGGAGCAGCCAGAAACUAUUCACUUUUUGCCCCAAGACCGGCAAAUCCACCACGCCUGGUUUUGAAGAUGUCUACACCAGUUAUGAACAUUUUAAAAGUGUGGUGGACAAGGAACUGGAGAAGAGGAACACUCAACCUCUAUAAAGCCUCACCAGACUGUUGGCAGUUUCCACAGCUGUUGUUGCUGUUUGCUGUGUAUUGUGUUAUUGCAUGUUUUUUGGAGACUUCUGAGUAGGUCACUAUUUGUUCUCUGUGGUUUCUAUUUGUUUGUAUUUUAUUUGUAAAUAGUUUUAUAUUUGUAUAGUGCUUUUCCACCUUUCAAGGCGCUCAAAGCGCUUUACACUACAUCGCCAUCUACCUACUGGUGACGCAGCACCAGGAGCAAUGUGGGGUUCAGUAUCUUGCUCAAGGAUAUUUAGGCAAGUUCACCAGGGCAGAGAAUUGAAGCCACAACCUCUGGGUUGGGGGACAACUACUCUACCACUGAGCCAUGCCAUCCCCAUUUUAUUUCAUUUAUUUAUCUAGAAGUUUAAGUUAUUCUAAUUGAUAUGGCCACUUUUAAAAAAUAUUUUCAUAUAUUCUCAAAGCCCUUGAGAGUCAUUAAUGUAUCAGGCAGCUUACUUCCGCUUUGUAGCGUUGAGGCCGCUUGUUUUGCUGUCUAAAGCAACUUUGCACUAAAACAGCUCUUAUUGAUUUUACUACUUUUUAAAAGAAUUUUUCAAAUGACAAUAUCUUUGUAGCAUUGAGGCCGCUUGUUCUGCUGUCUAGUCGCCUUCUUUGCAAAACUGACUUUUCAAAGUGCAAUAACAUAUGGGGGUUAAAUCAUUAUUCUCAUUUUUGCACACACCAUUUUGUACUUGAAUGCUGCUCUACAUGAAUGUGCACUUUACAUUUGAAUGUUUGCUACUUUGUGUACCAAACCAAAAUCAUAAUUCUACUUUUUGCCACUUGAAAGAAAAAUGUGGGAAAAUACACUAUUCCCUACAGUAAUCAAAACUUGAAAAUAUGCUAAUUGAUAGUAUCACUUUUAGCCACUUUUUAUGUCAUUUUUUAAAUUGACAAUUUCUUUAUGGUAUCAUAUGGUAUGGUAUCUUUGUGGCAUCAGGCAGCUUUUUCCACUGCACCUUCGUGCUCCUUUUCUCCUCACCCCUUUGCCUUGCAAACUGGGCACUGUUGUUUUCUAAUGAAUGUGUAAUGAUUGUCCUCUGUACUUAAUGUAGCUUAUUACUACCUCAAGCACUGACUUCUAAAUUUUACUAUGAAUAUGCUUUUGAAUGUUGAAAAAUACGUUUGUUAUAUUUGCCUCCUUAAAAGAGCUAUAUUUGCAGAAAAUGUUUUAUAGAUACUUGACAUUUUG